AUGGUUACGACCGUAGAAGGAAUCUGUUUGGGACAAGCUGCUGUCCAGGAACAUUUUCCGGACGUCUUAUCGUCUUCGUCUUCAUCAACCUGUUCCGACGACGUAAAGUCAAAUAAUAGUCGAUGGGCUUCAUGGCGUCCUUCAUUUUGGUGGUCGUCAAGAAAGAAUGGAACUUCAGACAAGGCGUUGGUUGAAAGAAUUUUGUGUUCUUUCCGCGAAAAUAAUGUGGUUAAACUCAACCAAUUUUUAGCCGAGAGGAAUGAGGAUAAUAACCAACCAGAAGAAGUUUGCCACGUCGAGUUUGAGUUUUGCGAUGAGUAUAUUGAUGAUGAAGCUGUUCCCCCGAACGAGAUAAUCAAAGUCGCUUCAAGUUUGCCCCGACACAUUAGUAAAUCGGUUAAAUUCAGCUUUGAAGUAACCCCAGAAGAAAAGCCUAAACGAAUGUUUGUACCAAUGAGCACAAGUACUCCGAGGGAUAUCUCAAACAUUCACGAUAUUCAAUCGAACACAUUCUCACCUGUCCUCAAAAUCAAUAGUUCCGUAAUGUCGACACUAAACAAAAGCCGGGCUCGAUGUGAAUCAGCCCUAUCCUCGGAGAAGAUGACUGAUUAUCUCAAGCUUUAUCACUAUGAUAACGGCGAUGAAGCCGAAGUUGAAGACAAAGAGUGUAAUCGUGUGACAUCUAAUGAGACAUUCACUAUCAAACGACAGGAUGAAUCGGAAUUGGGCUGCCAAGUUUUAAGUGAGAUUGAUGAAUUGAAACGACGCAUUGAACAACUCGAAAAAUUGCAAACGAAUAAGCAAAAAUUGUUUCUCGACUCCCUCAACGACUCGUCGAAAAUCUUUCAAAACUCAACAUUUGCUGGAUUUGGCUUAGAAGACAGUUCAACAGAAUACUAUUCGAUUCAAAAUAGCAAUGAAGCUCAUAAAUAG